AUGGCUCGCAAAGGAAAGAUGGAAGAUGACAUUUACAAUGGCCCCAACCCUCUACACGACGAAUCUGACGAGGUACUUGCAGGGACAAUAGUUCACUUGGCCAAGGAACCAAACGAGGCGGUCUCCCAAGUAGUGGCGGACGAGAUCAUGACACGGCUGCGGAGGCUGCGUAGACUGGAAAGCGGAAAGGCACCAGAGACGGGAAGCGUGGGAAUCGACGUUACGAGGAUUCAGGAAAGCAUCGUGGACGCCGUGGUGGACGGUGUCGGACAAGGGACAGGGAGGGCCAUGGAGGAUAGUGAGAAAACAGAUGCAGGAGGUCCAGAAGGAGUUGCAAGAGGCCCGGAGGGAACUGCAGGAUCAGAGAAAGAAGCAAGCACCUGCACCAGCAACAACGGUAGCCCGGUCGUGGGCUUCAGUGGUGGCUGGGGGAGGGGAGCUCCCGAAGAAAAUCAUACCGGGGCGGCUCAACAAGAAAAUACUGCCCAGGAGGAGGCUGCAAGGAGUUCGAGGCAAGGAAAGCUGACCUUUGCGAGGAAGGUUGAUACGGAUCUGACCGGAGACCGAGGAGACGGUGUUGAGGGCCUAGGGGUUACGACUCCAGAGGCCGCGGAGACCUUGGAGGCGGAAGGUCAGGAUGUCGGAAUGCAGGGAGCUGGAUUUCGAAAACCGACUCCAACGACCCGAUCUGGACGACGGUCCAGGCGGCAAGAAGACGGCGGCGAGCGUUGUCCUACCGCCUGCCGCAAGAUACAGCAGAGACUUAGCUCGAGGAAGGGCAACAGAGGCCGACCGCGAACCUUGGGACCUCAAGGGCCUACGGCGGUGGAGAGAGCCGCGGGCACGGUCAUGCGCUGGACGGGGGGAACCGUUGAUACGAACAGGGUAGUAGAAGAGGCUUGGAAAGCGAGGUGGUUAAAGGAACGGGACGGCAGGGCAAUCACCAGGCCGGCAGACGACUUUGACCAUCAGCAGGAGACGCUAUUCCGGGACUUCUUGUUUACACGGGGAGUCCCGGAGGUUCUAACUCCUGCCUGCGAGUGUGGCGAGGGAUGA